GAGAGAGCGCGCGCUGACUUUUACUCUCCACACCGCACUGUUUACAGGUUCAUGUCGGCAGGUAUGAGGCCGUGCUCGUGCUCGUGCUCUCUCGCGGACUUCUCUCAACGACUCGAGCCUGGAUUAUUUUAGACGAUCGCGGUGGCAGCAGGACCUCAGAACCUCGCUCGCACAGCCAUGCCGGAGAAAUUAAGCAUCUCGGAUUUCGUCUCCCUGGCGAACGAGGACAUCGCGUCUCCGGCCACGUCGUGUUUCCAGGCGAAGAUCGGCGACUGCAGGAGCACCGUGACUGCGCUCGAGGAGUCCCUAGAACAGGACCAGAGCUCCCUGCAGAGGAUGAAGAAGAUGAUGAAGAGCAUCCACAGCUCUGGACUUGGUCAUGUGGAGUGUAAGGAGCAGUAUAUCGAGGUCCUGGAGAACCUGGGGAACAGUAACCUGUCUCAGGACAAUAACGAGAUCUCCACGGGCUUCCUGAACUUGGCCGUGUUCACACGCGAGGUCACGACGCUCUUCAAAACACUGGUGCAGAACCUGAACAGUAUCCUGACCUUUCCUCUGGAGAGCAUCCUGAAGAGUGAACUGAGAGACAGCAGACUGGAUCUGAGGAAGCAGAUGGAGAAAAGCUGGAAGGACUACGAUGUUAAAAUGGGGAAGUUAGAGAAGGAGAGGCACAAGCAGUACGGUCUGAUCCGACUUGACUCGUCCGAGGACAUCGAGAGAGAGAGGAGGACCUUCCAGCUGCAGAUGUGUGAGUACCUUCUGAAGGUUCAGGAGAUGAAGAUUCGGCAGGGUCCUGAUCUGCUCCAGAGCCUCAUCAAAUAUUUCCAGGCGCAGCUCAAUUUUUUUCAGGAUGGACUAAAGGCGGCAGAGAAUCUGAGUCCGUUCGUGGAAAAGCUCGCCACGUCCAUACACACGAUUCGUCAGGACCAGGACGACCAGGUGAAGCAGCUCUCUCAGCUACGCGACUCUCUCAGAAGUCAGUUGCAGGUGGACGGCAAAGAGGAGUACCUGAACAGGAAGAACUCGGGUCACGGGUACAGCAUUCACCAACCGCAGGGCAACAAGAAAUACGGCACGGAAAAAUCCGGCUUCCUGCUCAAGAAGAGCGACGGAAUCAGGAAAGUCUGGCAAAAGAGAAAGUGUGGAGUUAAAUACGGCUGCCUGACCAUCUCUCACAGCACGAUUAACAGACCUCCAGCGAAGCUCAACCUCCUGACAUGUCAGGUUCGGCCCAACCCAGAGGAGAGGAGGACUUUUGACCUUGUGACCCAUAAUCGCACAUACCACUUCCAGGCAGAGGAUGAACAGGAAUGUAUGAUCUGGGUGUCUGUACUGCAGAACAGUAAGGAGGCCGCUUUAAACACGGCUCUAGGAGGAGAUCAGCUCCAGUACCCGGGCAGCGGACUGCAGGAUCUGGCCCGUAAUGUGAUCGCAGGCCUGAGAAAUCUUCCAGGAAACGAGGCCUGCUGCGACUGUGGUGCUCCGGAACCCACUUGGCUUUCUACAAAUCUGGGCAUCCUCACCUGCAUCGAAUGUUCUGGGAUUCAUCGUGAGCUCGGCGUUCACUACUCUCGCAUACAGUCUCUCACCCUCGACAUGCUCAGUACCUCCGAGCUCCUGCUGGCAGUGAGCAUCGGCAACAGAAAGUUCAACGAUGUCAUGGAGGCCAACCUUCGGGACGACUCGCUAAAACCUCUACCGCAGAGCGACAUGAAUGCGAGGAAGGAGUACAUCACGGCAAAGUACGUGGAGAGGCGCUACGUGUUACCCAAAGCGCGUUCGGAGCCGCUGCGAGUCUACGAGGCGGUGAAAUCCAGAGACCUGGUGUCCCUCCUGCAGCUCUACGCAGAGGGCGAGGACCUUUCCAAACCGGUCGCCGUACCGGAUCAGAAGGAUCUGAAGGAGACGGCUCUGCACGUGGCCGUACGUUCGGCUGAAAAGAGUUCCCUGCCACUGGUCGAUUUCCUGACUCAGAACUGUGGGUGUCUGGAGAAGAAGACGGUUGAAGGAAACACGGCUCUUCAUUACUGUGCAACGUUCAAUAAACCCGAGUGUUUAAAACUGCUGCUCAAAGGGAAGGCCGCGUUACAGACAGGAAACGUGGCUGGAGAGACGGUGCUGGACAUCGCAAAGAGACUUCAACACUCGCACUGUGUAGAACUGCUGGAGCUGGCUCACAGUGGGAAGUUCAACUCUCAGAUCCAUGUGGAGUACACGUGGGAGACGCCGCAGGAGCUCCUGUACGACAGCGAGGACGACCUGGACGAGAGGGUCGGUCAGCCCAGGAUCCCGCGCUCUCCUUUACUCUCUAAUGACUGCAGCGGGAAGAGCUGCAACACCAGCAACGCUAACAAACAUUACCAGAACGUGGAUAUCAUUUACCGGAACUCGCAGUCUGGCAGCCACACGCCUCCCCCUCUUCCUGCUAAAGCAAUGCAAAGAGGUCGUUCAGACCCCCAAAUCAGCACCACGCCAAAAGAGUCUCACCCCAUUUCCCGCCACAGCUCCAGUUCCUCGGCGGGUUCUUACAGAAACAGUCCGCCGUCGCCCUUGAGAGAGGUGGCGGGGUCACACCCCCCCUGCUCGCCCCGCAGCGGAGUGCUGAAGCGACAGACGGUCGUCUGGGAGGGAAGCUCGUCAGCGUCGCAGCACUCCAUCGGACCCGUGGUCUCUGAGAAGACGACCUCGUACCGGCGGACGAGCAGCGGCGGCGGACAGGCCAAGUGCGUAUCGGGUUCUCCGAGCUCUGGAGGCAGCGUGGAGGAGCUCUACUGCAGUCUGACCAACAACGGCGCUGCCAAAACCACCGCUAAUGCUAACGCCCCGGUGCCUGUUAUACUGCCGCCACCCCGGUCACGCAAGAACGCCAUGGUGAGCGCGCGGCCUCGCUCGAAGAAGGUUCGUGCCCUCGUGGACUGUCUGGGUGUGAGCUCAGACCAGCUAGCUUUCUGUAAGGAUGAUAUUAUCAUUGUGACUGCUGCUGAUGAUCCACACUGGUGGGUGGGACACGUGGAGGGGAAGCCGUCCAGAACUGGAACCUUUCCAGUCAACUAUGUAAUGCAGUUGGGAGAGUGAAACCUGUGCAAAUCUGUGCAAGCUUCUACCAUACAUGCCAAAACCCACAUUGUGUUUGGUUACUAAGGGGUCUGUCAGUAUGGGACGUCCUUCUUUAGUGCAUCCGUAGUGCCAUUCUGCUGCUUUUUCGCCGGAAUACUGACACACAGCGCCAAUAUAGAUUCGCUUUGCGGUACAAAUCCAGUGCCAGUGAUGCAGAUGAAUCUGAGACACGACAAACCGGCACUUCGGACAUAACUCACAAAGCAGCACUUAAAAUAACAUAUAAAAUAUGCAUAAAGACCCAUAACGGCAACCGAAACCUCUGCGUGUAAGUGCCGGGGAGAUAUUUAAAGCACUAAACGAUAAACGAACCUUGGUGCCUCCUGCCAGACAGGAACACACUGGACGUUCUGGAGUCACCUGGUUAAAUUGCUUAAUGGAUGUCGACCCUCGAGGCCGCGCUUCCUGCAGUUCAGCAGUCGGACAGAGUGUAACACGAUUCCCACUGACUGUGGACCGAUUACAGGUCAAUAAAAGAGAGGCAGGACUGCUCACGCCUCGGAUAUCCCUAGUUCUGGAUUUUAAGGAUGCUCUGCAGAUACAUAGAUAGCAUUUGCAUCAGUAUGGAGUAUCAUUUCCCAGAGAGCUUCACUGUAUUCCCCAGGAACAUUUGGUCCUUUUGAUUAAGGUGAAGCAAUAAAAUAAAAUAAAAAACAAUAGCAGCUUUAAUUUUGGUAAAACUGGCAUGUUUUUGCUGUAGUAAUACCCCUUUGGACCACAGGAGGGUGCUUUUUUUUUUACCUUUUCCAGAAUUUUAUAUCUGCAACUUUGUUUUUAAGCGAUCUGCACUUCUGUAAGUAUCUGACCUUGUGUCAUUAAAUAUUACACGAUUUUAAAGUCUCACACUUCAGAUUUAGACUGAAAUAUGAACACAGCUCAUCGUAAAGCAAACAGUUUGUAUAGACGUAUUUAUAAUAAUAGGAUUUUUUGUUGUUGUUUAUGAGUUUGUUGAUGUUGGAGAGUUUGAACCAGCACAUUACUUGUGUACUCCACCCAGACUACUAGCUGUCUGCCAGCUGGAUACAACAAAGUCUGAAUCUCACCCAAAAAAGGAUCAUGUUCCAAGGAAGUCAGACCUGUCUGAGUGCUGCUACCAGGAUUGCACAUGGUGAAUAAGUAAAGCUGAUUAGAUUUCUGCAUUUGCUUUUAAACGCUGACUAGACUAGACUCGCAUCUCUGAUCUGUUUUUGAACACAAGCAUUAACAAUUUAAUAUCACGCUCAGAUCCGGGUUGGGUGUCUAGACAGACACGAUUGGCUGUGUCUGAGGGGAUGCGGCUGAAGUCCUUGAAGUCUUGGGCCCGUUUUAUUUAUUAAAUUUUUUUUUGGUACAACUGGCCCCCAGCAUUUGGUGUAAAUAAAUUGAAAUGAGAUUUCUGUUACUUUAUGGUAAUACUAUUUGAUUUUGGGCGGCACGGUGGCUAGGUGGGUAGCACUGUCGCCUCACAGCAAGAAGGUCCAGGGUUUUGAUUUCCAGGCGGGGCGGUCCGAGUCCUUUCUGUGCGGAGUUUGCAUGUUCUCUCCGUGUCUGCGUCGGUUUCCUCCUACAAUCCAAAAACAUGCAGUCAGGUUAAUUGGAGACACUAAAUUGCCCUAUAGGUGAAUGUGUGUGUGUGUGUGUCUGCCCUGCGAUGGACUUGCGCCCCGUCCAGGGUGUUACUGUGUGCCUUGCUCCAAUUGAAAAGCUGGGAUAUGCUCAAACACCCCCCCCACCCCCCCCGUGACCUUAAUUGAUUAAGCGGUUAAGACAGUGAGUGAGUGAGUAUUUUAUUUUGACACUGAAUGUCCAACAAGCUCAUGGUCAGCUGUCCAGAUACUUUUGGACAUAUAGUGUAUGUAUGCAUGUGUGUGUUUCUUAAGGGGAUAUUUCCUUCACUGGUGCUCAGUGUCCAGGGUUCAUUCCUGCCUUCCGCCCAGUGUUUCCUGUUCGGUGCUGGACUCACAUUGACCCUGACCAGGUUGAAAUUUGAGUAGAAAUCAAUUAAAUUAAUAAAUGAUUUUUUUUUGUUUUCAUUUACGACCGACUGUAGGACUAUUUUGUAUUGAAUUAAUACAGCCAUGAUUAUAUUUAAGGUGGUUCUAUUCUUUUCUUUUUUUUUACACUAUUCUGCCAAAAGUAUGUGGACAUCUGAGUAUGUCAUCAUAUUUUUAAUAAAUAGACAUUCAUAUUAAGUUAUAUUAUAUAUUCAUAUUAAUUUGUACCCACUCAGUAAAUAUAAAGCUUUUGUAAGCUCAGCUACGAAUCCUGGACGAGAAGGCUGGAAGAGUCUAGGCAGUCCGUCAGAGUCAAAGCACGUCCUGAUAACCCUCUAUAUGAGCACAGUGGACCUUUAUUGUUCAGUAUUUUACUAAGUAAAUUGAUUUGGUACAGUCAGUGUUUGAGUCCCUUUGUUUUUUAUGGCUUCAUCCCACCUUCAGUACUUCACUGCACUCGAGCUGCUCUCAGCAGUCAGUCUGCAUUAUUGAUGAGUGCACAGGAAAAGUACUGAAGUGAGCACUCCUGUACUCCCUCCAUGACUUCUGUGAAGCGAUUAAGAGUGCACCAGCCCCCAGGUCCUAAAUGUUCAGCUGACCUUGUUAAAAAAAAUGCUUGUAAAUGAACCUAAAUCAUCUUGUAAAUAUUAAUAUACAUUGUGUGUCUUGUAUUUUACUUUGUUGUUGUAUGGAUGUGUACUGCGUCUGUCUCCGUCUGUCCUCGUCUUUGUUCUGUGUCAAGCAGAUGAAAAGCUGUAGAUAAAAAAAUGGAAGCUAGAAUGGAAUAAUAUAAUGUGCUAUUUUUGAACCGGUACGCGGUCGUCCUGGAAAGAAGAGCCGACAGACUCAUUAUGAAUAUUAAAUGCUGUGCUUUUAAAACCGA